CCUAGAGAUGGAUGGAUGGAUGGAAUGGAACAAGAACAUGGCGCACCAAAAUUGAAGAGUUAAAACUCAUCGAACUCGCGGGCAGUGGCACGCACUCUCUCGCUUUGCUGUUUCGGAGCCCAGAGAAGUGAGAAGGAAGGACCUAGAUCUUAUCUCACCCUUUCUUUCUCCUUUUCCACUAAAACGGUCGUCUAGGACUAUCUUUCGCUUCCCCAUUUACCGCCUCUGUCUCUGUCUCUCUUUUCCCUCUCUCUUUUUCAUGGCCACGGACCAAUCUAGGGUUUGAAGAAACCAGCAAAAUAAGCACAGGAAGAUUUGGAAAUAAGAAGUGAUGAUGAAUGCAAGGAGAAUAAAGUGUAGAAAUCAGAGAUGGGUGCUUCAACUGUCCAAAUAUUCGAUAAGGCCAAACUACAUUGAUCAAGGUUCUUCUCAAUCUUUGGUUCAUAAAACAGUUUCGGGAAACCAUGGUUCGCAUGGUAGUUUUAUUAGAAGCCGUCUCAUAGAUUCAUUUUCGCUGCGGAGUGUUGUUCCUGGUUAUAGUUGCACUGGUUUGCUUGUGAGGUCUAAUACAUGUUUCAAGGGUAGUCAGUUACGUGCCUACAGUUCUGAAGGGGAUGGAAGAAAUGCAAGCGAGAAUAAUCGAGUACCAGUGAAAAGUGACACUGAUGUCGAUAAAGGAAAGACUUCACAAGAAAAGGCUAGGGAAGAUGCAAGGCAUUUCGAUGCACAUGCUCUACUUGGGGAACAAGAUCAAAAGGAAUGGCUUAACAGUCAAAAGCUUACCAAUGAGAGUAAAAAGAAAGAGUCACCGUUUUUGACUAGACGAGAGAAGUUCAAAAAUGAGUUUUCGAGGAGGAUUGUUCCGUGGGAGAAGAUAACUGUCUCAUGGGAUACAUUUCCUUACUACAUUCAUGAACCUACGAAAAACCUUUUGGUGGAAUGUGCUGCUGCCCAUUUGAAACAUAAAAAUUUCACUUCCACUUAUGGUUCUCGUUUGACAUCUUCAAGCGGGAGAAUACUGCUUCAGAGUGCUCCAGGCACUGAACUUUACCGUGAGAGAUUAGUUAGAGCGCUUGCACAAGAUCUCCAAGUUCCCCUACUGGUGCUUGACAGCAGUGUUCUUGCUCCCUAUGAUUUUGGUGAUGAUUGCCAAUCAGAGUCUGAAUCGGAUGAUGAUGUGGAGGAGAGUACUUCAGAUUCAGAGAUUGAGGAUGAUGUGAAUCAUGAAGAAGAUUGGACUAGUAGUAACGAGGCAAAAUCAGAUUGUAGUGAUAAAGAUGAAGAUGAUGCGCAUCCAAGAGCUGAAGCAGCACUCAAGAAGCUUGUUCCUAUUGAAGACUUUGCAAAGAUGGUAUCUGGAGAAUCUGAGAGUUCAUCUGAAUCCUCAAAAUCAGAAGCUGCUGAGACUUCUGAUAAAUCCAAACGACCACUAAAGAAAGGUGAUCGAGUGAAGUACAUCGGGCCUUCUUUACAUGUUGAAGCUGAUAACAGGGUCCUAUUGGGGAAGAUAUCAACAUCUGAUGGUCCAAGGAAUGCUUAUACCAUUUUCCGUGGCAGGCCUUUACCAAAGGGUCAACGUGGGGAGGUAUAUGAGGUGAGUGGAGAUCGAGUUGCUGUUCUUUUGGAUGUUAAAGAGAAGACAGGAAGUGAAGUGGAUAAAGAGGAGAAAGAAGGAGAGCAGCCUGCAAAUCCACCAGUUUAUUGGAUACUUGCUAAGGACAUUGAGCAUGUUCCUGACACUCAGACUGAGGAUUGUUAUAUUGCAAUGGAGGCCUUAAGUGAGGUAUUGCAUGCCAAGCAACCUCUUAUUGUCUAUUUUCCGGACUCUUCUCAAUGGCUGUCUAGAGCAGUUCCCAAGUCGGAUCGUAAGGAUUUUGUCUCUAAGGUGCAAGAAAUUUUUGACGGGUUAUCAGGUCCUGUUGUUUUGAUUUGUGGGCAGAACAAAAUUGAAUCCGGGUCAAAGGAGAAAGAGAAAUUUACGAUGAUACUUCCAAAUUUUGGGCGCCUUGCAAAGCUGCCUCUCUCUCUUAAGCGUCUUACUGAGGGACUUAAAGCGACAAAGAGAUCGGAUGACAAUGAAAUAUAUAAGCUAUUCACAAAUGUUUUCUGCUUAUAUCCCCCAAAGGAGGAAGAGGAACUUCAAACAUUCAAUAAACAGAUUGAAGAAGAUGGGAGAAUUGUUAUAUCGAGGAGCAAUUUAAAUGAAUUACACGAGGUUCUUGAGGAAAAUGAGCUAUCGUGCACGGACUUGUUGCUAGUAGAUACUGAUGGUGUCAUCUUGACAAAGCGAAAAGCUGAGAAAGUAGUCGGAUGGGCAAAAAACCAUUAUUUGUCAUCUUGCCUUCUUCCUUCCAUUAAAGGCGAAAGAUUGCAUCUGCCUCGCGAAAGCCUUGAAAUAGCAAUUUCACGUGUGAAGGAGCAAGAAACUUUAUCUCGGAAGCCCUCUCAAAAUUUGAAGAACCUUGCGAAGGAUGAAUAUGAGAGCAACUUUGUUUCAGCAGUAGUACCUCCCGGUGAAAUUGGUGUUAGGUUUGAUGAUAUAGGUGCUCUGGAGGAUGUGAAAAGAGCACUGAAUGAACUUGUCAUUCUUCCAAUGAGGAGACCGGAGCUUUUCUCUCAUGGAAACUUGUUGCGGCCCUGCAAAGGAAUAUUGCUUUUUGGGCCUCCUGGAACCGGGAAGACCCUUCUUGCCAAGGCACUUGCAACAGAAGCUGGGGCGAACUUUAUCAGUAUAACUGGUUCUACUCUAACAUCAAAGUGGUUUGGAGAUGCUGAAAAGCUGACCAAGGCUCUCUUCUCCUUUGCCAGCAAGCUUGCUCCUGUCAUAAUAUUUGUUGAUGAGGUUGAUAGUUUGCUUGGUGCUCGUGGUGGUUCUUUUGAACAUGAGGCAACUAGAAGAAUGAGAAAUGAAUUCAUGGCAGCUUGGGAUGGAUUGAGGUCUAAAGACAGUCAAAGAAUUCUUAUUCUUGGGGCUACAAAUCGGCCAUUUGACCUUGAUGAUGCUGUCAUUCGUCGCUUACCAAGAAGGAUAUAUGUUGACUUACCUGAUGCUGAAAAUCGUAUGAAGAUUUUGAGAAUAUUUCUAGCUCAAGAGAAUCUAGAACCUGGUUUCCAGUUCGGGAAACUUUCACAUGCAACUGAGGGAUACUCUGGCAGCGAUUUGAAGAACCUUUGCAUUGCUGCUGCGUAUAGACCUGUCCAGGAACUUUUAGAAGAUGAAAAAAAGGAAAGCAGAAGUGAUGUAUCCCCAGUGUUAAGGCCGCUUAAUUUAGAUGAUUUUAUUCAAUCAAAAGCGAAGGUUGGGCCAUCAAUUUCCUAUGAUGCUUCAAGCAUGAAUGAACUUAGGAAAUGGAAUGAACAAUACGGAGAAGGCGGAAGCAGAAGAAAAUCACCAUUUGGUUUUUGAAACUGAUCUUACAAAAGUUAUUUUUCCUUAUAUAUUCUUAGAGAGAGAAAGGCCUACCUUGCAGGCUUCUCUCUUUAUCCAUUCGUGGAGGAAGAAGAAAAAAAGCCCCCAACUGCGGAAGCUUUUCGUUCUUUAUGCAUUCUUGGAGGAAAACGAAAGAUGAUAAAAUCCCAACUUUGGAGGCUUAGUUAACAUCAGGAAGAAAGCCCUCUUUUUUCAUCCUUUUUGAGCGGAUGAGAGAGAAGGCCUCGACAAAUAUUGUACUAUCUUGUAGUUUCAUAGAAAUUUUUUAUUUUUUCUCAAUUUUCCUUUCCCUGUAAAAUAACACCAUUACCAGAACUAUUGUUUUAGUAACACUUUUAGUUAUGUCAACGAAUAUAGUAUUGCCUUGACCA